AUGGCUGACCGGAAACCAGAGAAUAAUGGGGUUUCCAGCCAAUCAUCGUUACCAAUUCCCGCUUUUGACCCUCCGAAGAAACCUAAAAGAAACAUGUUUGCCUUAGCUUGUUCCCUUUUAGCUUCCAUGUCUUCUAUCUUACUGGGCUAUGAUAUUGGAGUGAUGAGUGGAGCAGCAAUUUACAUCCAAGACGACUUCAAAAUCUCCGACGUACAAGUUGAACUUCUCGUCGGAAUCCUCAAUGUCUACAGUCUCUUGGGCUCCGCUGCGGCUGGCCGGACUUCAGACUGGGUUGGCCGCCGGUACACCAUAGUGCUCGCCGGUGCAAUCUUCUUCGCCGGUGCACUUCUAAUGGGUUUCGCCACAAACUACGCCUUCCUCAUGGUUGGCCGGUUCGUUGCCGGCAUCGGCGUUGGCUAUGCACUUAUGAUUGCGCCGGUGUACACCGCGGAGGUCUCGCCGGCGUCGUCUCGUGGCUUUCUUACAUCUUUUCCUGAUUUCUUCAUUAACUUCGGUAUAUUACUUGGAUACAUAUCCAACUAUGCAUUUUCCAAGCUCCCAAAGCAUUUGGGUUGGCGAUUCAUGCUUGGAAUCGGAGCAAUUCCAUCAGCAUUCUUAGCCGUAGUAGUCUUAGCCAUGCCCGAGUCGCCUCGGUGGCUGGUCAUGCAGGGUCGACUCGGUGAAGCAAAACGAGUUUUGGAUAAAACCUCAGACUCCAAAGAAGAGUCCCAAUUAAGACUAGCUGACAUCAAAGAAGCUGCAGGAAUUCCUGAAAACUACAACGGCGACAUCGUUUUGAUAACAACAAAAUGUAGUCACGGUGAGGGUGUAUGGAGAGAGCUACUCCUUUAUCCCACACCCGCGGUUCGUCACAUUUUAAUUGCAACCAUUGGUAUUCACUUCUUUCAACAAGCGAGUGGUAUAGAUGCGGUAGUUUUGUAUAGUCCAAGAAUUUUCGAAAAAGCGGGUAUAACAAAGGACACUGAUAAGUUGUUAGUUACAAUUGCUGUUGGUACCACGAAGACAGUUUUCAUCUUAGUGGCCACAUUUUUACUAGACAAGAUUGGACGGCGACCAUUGCUGCUAUCAAGUGUUGUGGGUAUGAUCGUGUCCCUGAUGUUGCUUGGCGUUGGUUUGACGGUGAUUGAUCACUCUGAUCAUAAGCUUACGUGGGCCAUAGCGUUGUCCCUGUCCAUGGUAUUAUCGUACGUCGCGUUCUUUUCGAUCGGGAUGGGUCCCAUCACUUGGGUCUACACCUCUGAGAUAUUUCCCCUGAAGCUAAGAGCACAAGGGUGUAGUAUGGGGGUGGCAGUGAAUAGGGCGACAAGUGGGCUCCUCUCAAUGACCUUUAUAUCUUUAUAUAAGGCCAUCACAAUUGGUGGGGCUUUCUUUUUAUACACAGGUAUUGCAAUGGUGGCAUGGGUUUUCUUUUAUACGUUACUCCCUGAAACACAGGGUAGAACCCUAGAGGAGAUGGAGCAAUUGUUUGGGACUUUCUUCAAGUGGAGGUCAACCAUGAAGGAGGUGAAGAAGAAAGAAGCUGAGGCUAAGGGUCAGAUUCAGAUUCAGAUGGGUAGUAGUGGCCAAAGUUAG